AACAAAGUUCUCCCUGGUGUCUUUUUACUGUCUUGGGGAAGUCACCAUGACAGCAUCCCCUUAAGAAUUAACAUUACUACAUGAACCAGUAUUACCCAGCCCUUUGUGCACCUGUGUUCAAUGAGGUUUUAUAUUUCACUGUUUUUUUUGGCAAAGCCUCACACACUCACAACCUUAAGUCAAUAUUAAAUCCAACUAUCCAGUUAUAAUCAUGAACUCCCCAGCUCCCGAAAACAACCUGACAUCCACAACUUCAGCGCGGACCACGCAACUUCUGAAAGAAGCCACCGUGCUUACAAGGAAGUUACUUCUUCAUUUAGGAAGAUUUCAGAUGGCGAAGGCUUACAAAUACGUGACUGGUAUUUUUUCAGUGACUCAUAGCCCAGAGCAACAGGGUUCAGAGCGUGAUAAGCAGCCAACCAAGAUGGAUGUGAACUUGCUCGAGGAGCAGUAUGACCACAUCAAACAGAAGCAAAAACUGCACUCACACAUUAUUGUCUUUAAAACAGGUGAACACAAAUCUGUUCUCCCAGAAUCAAUGGUCAACGCUGUUUUAAUUAAUAAAAAAGUUAGAAGAUCGAAGUCCUUUACGGAUCACGUUCCUGUCAGAAAGGUCAGCCUGGGGAUGACUGGCAGUGGCAACGUGCAUGACAACUCACCGUGGCGAACCCACCUGGGAAUCCAUCGCCGGGGGGUGACCUGGGAUCCCUCCCACCGCAAGGACCGGCCAUGUGGUUUCGACAACCAGAGACUGAUUUCAACAGGAAAAGAGACACUGCAGCCCCCAGAAUUAGAAGGAGCGAGUGAACUGGCUGCCCUCAGUCAGCUGGGAAGUUCAAACACGUCAAACAGUUUCAGCAAAGAGAAUGGCAGCCACAUUUCGAGUACCUGCCAAAAGCCGCCUCCAAAAUCAGCCACUCCGGCAGUUUGGACGCAGCCAUGCGCUUCUGCUACGAAAUGCACACCAGCCUGCAACAACCUCAGCUUCUACCCUUUCCCCAAUAAAAAAGGACCAAGAAUUUCCGAAGCAGCAAAGAGGCUUGGAUUGUAUGUCUCACAAUGAAGACAGUCAGUAAUACGUAAAACUUAGUCAAAAGCUUGACUAAAAUUUAAAACAGCAAAAUAGUCUUCCUGUUACACUGAUUGACCUGCUGAGGGCCUACUACUUUAUAAUCUGUUGUUUUACUGUACAGUAUAAAUUGAGGUGUUCUCAUGAAGACACUGGGCUGUAAUGACAGAUAAUCACUUCUGUUAUUUGAGAUAUAAGAGCAAUUUUUUUAAAUUUUAUUUUUUUUUUUUUUACUAUUUUAGAAACUAAAACUUUAUCACAACAAUAUUGGAAAUACCUGAAAAAGGCUAGCAGGACUAAUUAAGCAGCUAGGCUAAAUUUCAGUAUAGUACUAUUUAAUCAGACAAUAAACAAGUCACAAAUGAAAUGGUAUUGAAGGGGACUGGUACACUUUACAUGAUUUCAUCAUUUACUUUCCUCAAAAAAUAUAUAUUCAUGAUACUUUCUGGUGUAUUUGUAAAAUCAAAGAAUAAAACUUCUGCUCAUUUCUGUUGUUGUUUUAAAA